AUGCGCUGGCCUUUGCUGCUCACCUUAAUACUGUCCCUGUUUUUACUAGCAGGAACAUUGGCAGCGCCGGCUUCGGUCCGAGGACGACGCGAUGUCCUUGAGGCCAGACAAGAAAAGGAAACGGAUCCUACACCGGCAGAGAAUGUUGCCAACAAGGAUCCGCAAGCAACCCAAGCAGAUAUAUCAAAAACAGUAACCGAUGUAUCAACAGCCGAAGCUACGACGACAGGCACUGCUAGCUCGACCGUUGCUACAAUGCAUGCUAAAACGCAUGCUACGACGACUACUUCUGCUGCUUCCGCUACAUCGACUGUGCCAUCGCUCGAUGGAACAACUGCAUCUUCUCAGCAGGAAGCGGCAGACUCCACUAGGCCAACCUACUCUGGUGGUCUCCCAAUCAAACCGAAAAUCACGCCGGCAUGGGGUGUUGGUGGAUUUAUACUAAUAGCUCUCGGGGCUGUGCUGACUUUCAUUGGUGUUCGCAAACAAUGGGUCCAAAUCUUCCUCUCUACCGGAUUCCUUAGUGCAUUAGGAGUUACCGUCCUCAUCAUCUAUGUGAUGAGCCCACCAGUCAGCAACGCUGUGCAGGGCGGCUAUCUCGUCGCCGUCUUCUUCACCGGCGCUGUAUUCGGUGGUCUAUCGCUUGUCUUCAGAGAAAUUUGCGAGGGACUGGGCUGUCUUCUAGGUGGCUUCUGCCUGAGCAUGUGGUUCCUUGCCUUGAAAUCUGGCGGCCUUCUUACUGAAGGUGGCCCCAAGGCCGGCAUGAUCAUUGCAUUUACCGUGGGAUUCUACUCCCUAUCAUUCAGCCACUACACAAGGCCAUACGGACUGAUCGGAUGCACGUCUUUCGCUGGCGCAACUGCCUUGGUCAUUGGAAUCGAUUGCUACAGUAGAGCUGGACUGAAAGAAUUCUGGUUAUAUAUAUGGGGAUUGAACCAAAACGUCUUCCCUCUCAAAACGGACACCUAUCCCGUGACACGUGGUAUUCGUGUCGAACUCGCCGCGACUAUCAUUAUCUUUAUUCUAGGAGUAAUCUCCCAGGUCAAACUUUGGAAUCUCAUCAAGGAGCGCAGGGCCAAGGAAGAGGAUUCCCGCCGGGCACACACCCGAAAGGUCGAAGAAGAAGAUGCCGAAGCAGGUCGUCGCCUCGAGGAAAAGAACAUCCAAGAGCGCGCUGAAUGGGAACUCAUUUAUGGAAAUGGAAAGCCGACGGAUGCAAAAUCCGUCUCGGUUUCUGAAACUGCUGUUGGUGACUCGCGACGGGGCUCAGAUGGAGAUGAGUUCGAGCCCUCCGACAACGGCAAGGAGGGUGAGAUCGAGCUCAAGGAAAUGUCGAGUCCGGAUGCUUCCGGUAGUGCAUCUGAUGAGAAGAUCCAUCAGGGUGAAAACAAUACUCGCGAACUUGGGGCUGUGCCGGAGGAGAAUUCAUCUCAAAAGAGUCAGUCACCGGAUGGUGAUCAAGAAGAGGCUGCUGAGAAGGAAGGCCAGUCGGAAGAAAAGAUGCCGAGGCCUACUACACCUGUUGUUACUCAUGUCCUUGGUGAGGGUAAUGACGACGCUUCUGAGAACGGUGCUGACAUCGGCUCGGAGGUUGGCACGCCACGCUCGAGACGGUUGUCUGAUCAAGAAAUAUUGAGCCGGCCCUCCUGGCGGAACAACAAUGGUGUGAUUAAUGCUUUGCAGUCACAGGAGAAUGUAGUGGAUCACGAUGAUGCCAAUUCUUCUGUACAGGGAGUUAUGGAUGAUAUUCAUGAGAUGAGCGUUGGCUGUCCGAGUGUUAUCUCAGAAGCGGAUGCUCACGAUCGUGUUGAGAAAACGCAGCAAGAGAUUAGCACCGCCGAGUCAGCUCAAAAGAAAGACUCGGAAGAUCUGGGGAUCAAGCCAAAUGUCGGUUCACCAGCUGCUCAGGACGCUGAACCCCGUGUCAAUAUAGUCAUAGCCCAAAAGGACGUCGAGAAAGUGAUCACUGAAGAAACCACUGUCAGCCAGACGGCUCAGAAGGUGUCUCCUAUCGAGAGCACAGUUGUUGCCAACAGCCCUUUGGAGAAACCUGCAACUUCCGAAGUGUCGGAGAAGCCCCGAUCACCAAAAACCCCUGCAACGGGUGUUCCGGUAGACACUCCAGAUGCUUCAAGGAAGGCCGAGAAAGUCAAACCUAAAGCUACAUUGGAGCCAUCGCCUCUAAUGGAUAAAGAAGAGGAUAAGGCGAAGGAGACCAAUGAAGAUCGGCCUCCUAUUGUUCAAGCCAUCAAAGCCGAGUUCAUUCCUGAGCCGAAGGUUGCGUCUUUGCCCAAGCCUAAGGUUGAGCCGAAGAUCAAAGUGCUCAAGAAACUAGAUGCAUCAACCGUCAAAUUCAUCCCCGAGCAAACAUCACGAGUAAUCCAUUCAUAUCGCACGAACGAAUGGGCUAAGCAUCUCGCAUAUGCUGACACACCUGAGAUCGAGCCAAUUGAGUUCGAACCUGAGCCUGAGGCAGAAUACACAGAGGAAGUUCACGAGACUGCAGCAUUUGUUGAUGUAGCCAGUCUUCUCCAGACGCCUCUUACUGCACAACCACCACCAAUCGUGAACAGGCCUGAAUUUGAUGAUGUGGACCAUCAACAAUCUGCCUACAUCUCAUCGGUGCCCUCACCGGAGGUCCCUCAGUCCAAGACACAGACCGGCGCGCAAGGUCUCACCACGGCGAAGCCAAAUUUAACCCGCAAUGACUCGACAGCUUCAGCCAACGUGCUACGGUCAGCUUCUAGCCCGCUUCCAACUCAGAUAACAGGAUUGACGUCAAUGCGCAACGUAUCGACUCCUCUGUUGAUGGUCACUACAAACGAGCCCAAAGAAUCAGAGCCAUCGCCACGCUGGAACGGGCCACCUCCCCUCCUCGCAGUUCGCGAGGACAUGGUCCGAAAUCGUAUGUCCUCAACAUCCACCCGCUUUGAUCCCUGGGCCGCACGCAAUCAAUCUCGCCAGUCCCUACCUGAAACACCGCCCCUCGUUUCCCCAAUUUCACCACCGCUCUCCAUCCCCCAAGAAAGGAAGAUAGAGCAUGAACAAGCCCAGCCAAACGAGGACGACAUGCCUCUUUCUAAGCGACGCCUCUUACUACAGCGCCAGUCAAGACAGUCCCCAUCUGGAAGCUUUGACAGUCUCGAGGCUGCCACAUCCCCCGUGCAUCCCUCACCAGUUCCCGCUGGCGAGCUAAAUCGGCCUGCCUCAAGAAUGGCAGCGUGGCGACAAUCGGUCCGCGAGGAUCUCACCCAAAAGCGAGAUCCUUUGGCUCACCAGUCCCGGCCUCUUAGCCCGGCCAGCCCUCCCGAUCAGCAGCGCAAUACAUGGAACUCUGUGCAGCAGAUGCGCGACGCCUCAUCUACUCAGCUGGGCGAUGCCAUUGCAGAUGGCAUGCAGCGUGGCAACAUGGCGGAUCUACAUCGUCAGGCAAUGCGGCCCAAUCGCGCACCCGUGGAGUCAACUCCGUCAUUCGUUCGCGCCCAGCGGCGACAGUGCGUCCCGAUCUCAGGCCCGCCGUCGCUCCUCCGCCCGCCAGCAGUCCGACUCGCAAACCCAGUCAACUACGUACCACGAAUAACCCCAAUAACAGUCCACCCCCACCAAUCCGACGACAGUCUCCCACUCGAUUUUGGCCACUCACGCGACGCCCGCCCCCUCCUCAGCGUCCCAGAGCGACGCCGCAGCCGCCUAACCCCGUCCCCGAGCAGCUUACUCGUCGAGCGCAGCCAGGGGGAAACAGAAAGUGGCCGAACUAGCAUUGCCCUGCCCCCACGACACCGCCGCAGCGAAGACUUCUCACAAACAGAAAUGGCAUUCGCGGGCAGCGCAGCCCGGGAAACUGAGAACCUGCGCCCUCCCGAAGCUGUCCACCUCACGCAGAACGGGACUCGACAGAACGACCGUGUUCGCUACACACAGUCACAAACUUCCCUCCGCUCCCAGUCCCAGAUCGCUUCCGUCCCAUCCAAUACCGGUUUCCCGCCCGCUGAUAUCGCGGAGGAACUCGCUUGGGGCCCGGCUCACCCCUGUUUCCCGCAUCUUAAUCCCCAUGUACCUAUCGGAUCACGAGAGUAUAUGACAACGCGUGUGAUUCGUAUCCGACGCGAUUGGAUGAUUAAGGGUGAUUUGGCACCGACGUUUUCGAAUCUUUAUCCUGAGAUUCUAGAUCCAUUGUUGUCAGAGCAGGAGUUUCGCAAGGUUAUUUCUACUGUCAAUGAUGGUAUCAUCAAGGCGUUUGAUCCGUUCAGUUUUCGGAAUUGGUUCGAUGGUGCGGUGGGCUUAUUGACUGGCUGGGUUUGGGAUGACCUCAAUGCCCCCGCAGCGAAAAGUCAGUUGCACCAAGUCGAGGCUUGGUUGGAGACUUGGAACCGUGAGGUCGGAGCCAAGGAUGGUGUUCAUAUCUGGGGCUUGAGGCGGACGGCGUAUAUGUCGCUUGAUAUCCAGAUUCCUGAUCCUAAGGUCGGCAUUGUACCUAGCGAGGCACCUUCGGCUCCUAAUACCAGGCCAAGUACUGGCAUUGAGGCUGGAUCUUGA